AUGCAAACUACAGUGGCAAGGAGAAGCGAGAAAGACAGUCUUUCCGACGAGGAUGCAUGCAUCAGUGGCGAGGGGAACACCCAGGAUGAGGAUGGCAGAAAUGGCAAAAUGUCCCAAUAUACUUUGACAGCUCUUCAACUGGCAAGCGCGUAUGGACAUGAUCUCACCGUCCGCUUGCUGCUAGACAACGGGGCUAACCCAAAGCUUGCGAGUGACAAGACAGAGUCUUCCCUGUGCCUAGCCCUCUUCCGCCAACACGUGAGCGUCAUCCGAGCCCUCCUCAAGACCGAAGUACUGGACACUGAUAUCCAGUACUUUCUGCAUACAGCAGUCCAGGUAGAUGACACAGAUAUAGUGAAGCUGCUCCUCGAAAUUGGCGGAUUCGUCGACGUCGAGCAGUCCUUGUUCUACGCCUUCCUUACUAUCACUAGUGGCAGCGAUAUUAAAGAUAAGAUAAUACCGUUUCUUCUUAAGCAAGGAGUACCACACAACUAA